UCCUUAAGGAGGUUGCCAAUCAACUAAAUUUUAUUGGAUAUGUGAGAGUUAAAGCCGAAACUUGUGACCGGUUGUGCCAAGUGGGCAUAAAAAUACCUUGAAAAUGGUAGGUAUUUUUGUGGCUUUGCAUAUUACCGGCGGUUUCAGACUGCUGAUUGGGUGCCCGCGUGUAUUAGCAAACUGUUCGCAGGGUAUAUAUUCAGUUUCAAACAGAGUUCUUCCCCCGCUCUAUCAACCUUUUCAUGGAUGAAAUCCGGAAGGAAAUUCAACACCCAUCUCCCUUCAUGGGUAGAUUCUCUCAAAUCAAAGGCACCAAUUUCCCAAUACCCAUUUCCUGCAACCUCAGAAUCUGUCCUCAACCAUGCACACUUAAGCUCUCUUCUCUCAGUUUGCGGAAGAGAUGGAAAUCUUCACCUUGGUUCUUCCAUCCAUGCCCGCAUCAUCAAGCAACCUCCAUUUUUCAGUUUUGACAGCUCCCGACGCAAUGCCCUUUUUGUUUGGAACUCUCUCUUGUCAAUGUAUUCGAAAUGCGGUGAACUGCAGGAUGCCAUCAAGCUGUUUGAUCGUAUGCCUGUGAGAGAUACCGUGUCGUGGAAUUCAAUGAUUUCUGGGUUUUUAAGGAACAGGGAUUUCGACGCGGGUUUUAGGUUCUUUAAGCAAAUGAGCGAGUCGAGGACGGUGUAUUCUCGAUUUGAUAAAGCAACUUUGACUACAAUGUUGUCAGCUUGCGAUGGACCGGAAUUCUCUAGUGUGAGCAGAAUGAUUCAUGGUUUGGUAUUUGUUGGUGGUUUUGAGAGGGAAAUCACAGUGGGGAAUGCUCUUAUAACGUCAUAUUUUAAAUGUGGCUGUUUUUGCCAAGGAAGGCAGGUUUUUGAUGAGAUGAUCGAGAGGAAUGUUGUCACUUGGACGGCUGUGAUUUCUGGUCUCGCACAAAACGAACUUUAUGAGGAUGGUUUGAGAUUGUUCGCCCAAAUGCGUGGUGGUUCAGUGAGUCCUAAUACUUUGACAUAUUUGAGCUCGCUCAUGGCUUGUUCAGGUGUACAAGCAUUGGCGGAAGGCCGCAAAAUUCACGGCCUGCUCUGGAAAUUGGGUAUGCAGUCGGAUUUAUGUAUUGAAAGUGCUUUGAUGGAUUUGUAUUCAAAGUGUGGAAGUUUAGAAGGAGCAUGGCAGAUUUUUGAGUCAGCUGAGGAACUCGAUGGGGUUUCCUUAACUGUAAUACUUGUAGCUUUUGCUCAAAAUGGAUUUGAGGAGGAAGCUAUCCAGAUAUUUACGAGAAUCGUGACAUUGGGGAUUGAAGUUGACGCCAACAUGGUGUCUGCUGUUCUUGGGGUAUUUGGUGUUGGCACUUCUUUGCCUCUUGGUAAGCAGAUUCACUCUUUGAUCAUAAAAAAGAACUUCAGUCAGAAUCCUUUUGUUAGUAAUGGACUUAUUAACAUGUACUCCAAGUGCGGAGAACUGCACGACUCACUCCAAGUGUUUUAUGAGAUGACUCAAAAGAAUUCAAUUUCAUGGAACUCAGUGAUUGCAGCUUUUGCUCGCCACGGGGAUGGUUCCAGAGCACUUCAAUUUUAUGAAGAGAUGAGAGUGGGGGGUAUAGCACCCACAGAUGUUACAUUUUUGUCAUUACUUCAUGCUUGUAGCCAUGCAGGCUUAGUUGAGAAGGGCAUGGAGUUUUUGGUAUCUAUGACUAGAGAUCACAGAUUAAGUCCCCGGUCAGAGCAUUAUGCCUGUGUUGUUGACAUGUUAGGCAGGGCAGGACUUCUUAAAGAAGCUAAAAAUUUUAUUGAGGGGUUGCCUGAGAAUCGUGGUGUACUGGUUUGGCAAGCAUUGCUUGGUGCUUGUAGCAUACAUGGUGACUCUGAGAUGGGUAAAUUUGCGGCUGAUCAACUAAUUUUAGCUGCACCAGCUAGUUCAGCUCCUCACGUUUUGAUGGCAAACAUAUAUUCUGCUGAAGGUAAAUGGAAAGAGAGAGCAGGUGCCAUUAAGAGAAUGAAAGAGAAGGGAGUGGCAAAAGAAGUAGGUGUAAGUUGGAUUGAGAUAGACAAACAAGUAAGUAGUUUCGUUGUAGGGGACAAGUUGCAUCCGCAAGCUGAUAUUAUAUUCUUGGAAUUGUCUAGGUUGCUCAAACACCUGAAAGAUGAAGGUUAUGUUCCUGAUAAAAGGUGUAUCCUCUAUUACUUGGAUCAAGAUAAGAAAGAUUAACCAUUUCAUUUAUCCUGACUAUUCAUUUUCUACUGAGAAGUGAGAACCUAUUAAUGUUUGUCCA